AUGAAGUUCACCGCAGCCUUUGCCGCCAUUGUUGGCAUUUCAACCGUCCUUGCUGUCCCAGCUCCCAUUGACCUUGGUGAUGGAGUUACUCUGAUUCCGCGUGAGCCUCGUGCCAACGAGCGCCGCGCCCGCGCCAAUGCCCGCAAGACGAAUCCCAAGCUUCCCACCACUGCCUUCGAGGUUGAGGCUGCAACCAACAACUCCGAUGUCUCUUACAGCAGCAAUUGGGCCGGUGCUGUCCUCAUUGGAUCCGGCUACAAGACUGUGACUGGAACCAUUGUUGUUCCGACCCCCAAGAUGCCCAGCGGUGGCAGCUCCCGCACCGAGUAUGCUGCCUCUGCGUGGGUUGGUAUUGAUGGAGAUACCUGCCAAACCGCCAUCCUCCAGACCGGUGUCGACUUCUACGUCGAGGGUACCUCUGUGUCUUUUGACGCCUGGUAUGAGUGGUAUCCCGACUACGCUUAUACCUUCUCUGGCUUCAGCGUGGCUGCUGGCAACUCAAUCAAGAUGACGGCGACUGCCACCUCCACGUCCGCCGGCUCGGUGACAAUUCAGAACCUCAGCACGGGCAAGUCUGUUACUCACUCCUUCUCCGGAGAGUCCAACAAGCUGUGCGAGACCAAUGCUGAGUGGAUUGUCGAGGACUUCCAGUCUGGCAACUCCAUGGUCCCAUUCGCCGACUUCGGCACCGUCACCUUCACCAGCUGCUCGGUCACCACCACCAGCGGCAGCACUCUGGGCGUCACGGGCGCCGAGAUCCUCGACAUCAAGCAGGGCAGCACCGUCUACACCGACUGCAGCACCUCUGGCACUUCCACCGUCACCUGCACAUACAUCUAG